ACUGCAGCAUACAAAGGCAAUUUGGCUUUUGCAGUUUCUCUUCUUCUUUAAUAUUGUGGUUAAUUAAUUUAUAUAAUCGAUAAUUCAAAUUUAAAUAAAUAACUAUGACGGAUGUCCCUUCUCUAACCUUGGUGUUAAUGGGUCGAACUGGAAAUGGAAAAAGUGCAACUGGUAAUAGUAUUCUUGGAAAGAAAGAGUUCAAGUCCCAAAAGAGUUCAUUGGGCAUUACGAGAAGUUCUGAGUUACGGUCAUGUACUCGGAAUAAUGGCCAAAUAAUAAAUGUCAUCGACACUCCUGGAAUGUUUGAUUUAUCGAGGGGAACAGAUUACAUCACGAGAGAAAUAGUGAAGUGUAUCGAUUUGGCCAGCAAUACUGGUAUUCAUGCUGUUCUUCUGGUUUUCUCAACGAAGAAUCGAUUCUCUCAAGAAGAAGCAGCUACUGUCAAAACCUUACAAAACUUGUUCGGAUUCAAAAUUAUGGACUAUGCCAUUUUCAUCUUCACAGGAGGUGACGAGUUCGAAUUCGACGACGACGAUGACAAUAUUGCCACCUUUGAAGAUUACCUACGUGACAUUCCUGUACCCUUAAAGGACAUUUUAAUUACAUGUAACAAUCGUUGUCUACUUUUUGAUAACAAAACUAGGAGCGAAACAAAGAAGAAUGAACAAGUAAAUAAUCUUUUAAUUAUGGUAAACGAAGUGAUUGCCCAAAAUGGAGGUCAUCCUUUCACACACACCUUGUUUCAUAGCACCAAGCUUGAAGAGAAAUUCAAUGAAGUAAAAAACAAGCUUGAAAGUGUAAUAGCAGAAGAAAGAGAAGCGAGACGCAAAGCGGAAGAGAAACUGCAAGAAAUGCAAAAGCGAUUUGAGGAUCAAAUCCGAGACCAAAAUAAGUUACUAGUUGAAGUUCUUCGAAGGCCAGUUGAAGUCAAAGUUGUCAAAGAAUGCCCUAUUCUUUGAGUACUCUCAAAACACUAUAUAUACCAUAUCACGUCGUGUCACGCCUACAUAAACUAAUUAAAAUAAUCACAUUAUAAUAUAUGUUGCAUAACAACGUGCAUUUUAAAAUAAUAUAAUAAACUCAAAAUGCAGCUACCUUUUUAUUGUA